UCCUGCCUCCCCCAUCUCCUCCCCCUAGGAGCCCAAGGGUCCCGCCUCCCCCAUCUCCUCUCCCUAGGAGCCCAAGGGUCCCGCCUCCCCCAUCUCCUCUCCCUAGGAGCCCAAGGGUCCUGCCUCCCCCAUCUCCUCCCCCUAGGAGCCCAAGGGUCCCGCCUCCCCCAUCUCUCCCUAGGAGCCCAAGGGUCCCGCCUCCCCCAUCUCCUCCCCCUAGGAGCCCAAGGGUCCCGCCUCCCCCAUCUCCUCUCCCUAGGAGCCCAAGGGUCCUGCCUCCCCCAUCUCUCCCUAGGAGCCCAAGGGUCCCGCCUCCCCAUCUCCUCUCCCUAGGAGCCCAAGUGUUUGGCCACCCCAUCUCUUCUUCUCUGGGCCCAUGGCAUCCACGCCCUAUGCAUUCUCCUCUCUUAGUACCCAGCUAUCUGACCUCCUUGAUUCCUAUUCCUAGGAACCUCCAUCUAGGCUCCCCUGCCCUCUCCCCCCAUAGUCUCCCCAUAGACCCAAGAGUCCUAGGCCCAUCUCAGUGGCCAGGUCCUAAGGCUGGGGGAGGCGGAUUGGUUUCCAGCCCUCUUUGGGACUCCCCCUGGUCUGGUGUGUGACCAUUGGCCCCCAUGCCUAGAGGAUGCACCAACCUGAGGAUUCGAGAGAUAAACCUCUGCCAGAAGGGACAAGGCUCCCAGAACUGAAACUCCGUCUGCUGAGGACUCGGGGUCUAUGGCAGAUCCCCCACCUGGAUGCCAGGAGUUCUCUGGACAUUCUGGCCCUGCAGCCCCCAGGGAGUUUUCUAGUCACAGGGUUUGGCCUGAGCCUGGCCUUAACUAUGAAUACAGACCCCCACCCUGAGGCUGUUGGAACCUUCCGGAUUCUGGAGACCUCUGCGGGCCUGUCCCUUCAAGGCUCCCAACUCAGCUUCCCAGAUCUGCCUGAACUCCUGGCUUUUCUCUCCACCAGCAGGGACAUCCUGCCCCAGCCCCUGCUCCUCCCUCCCAGAGCCCUUGGGCCUGGAACUACCCUCAAAGAACCGCUCCAGAUGGGCCUGGCCCAGAUCACCUCCACCCAAGGGGCCCUCUCAGUGGUGAAUCCUCUGUACCUGAGGGACCACGGUCCAUGGGGACCCAGAGAGGAGGAUGCCUCCAAGACAGUUCAGAGGGAUUCCCUGGCCCCUCAACAUCUGGGUCCUUACCGGGUCUCCUGGAUCGAGGGUCCUCCCAGUCCCGAGACUGAGCCAGAGGCCUGGUCCCUUUACAGCCUUGAGGAAGGGGAGGCUGAGCCUGUGGUGAUGCCCCUGAGGGAGGCUGAAGAGGCUGAGGAGGAGGAGGAGGAGGAGCCCGAGGAUGGGGUGUACCACCGAGUGCGGUCUUUAGCCCGGGCUCGGGGCGGCUUUGUGGCCAAGCAGCAUCGAGCCCUUCAGGCCAGGCUCAGGGAAGCCCCAAGUGACCCCCAGGGGCCAGAGGCCGGGGGAGACCCAGCCACCGAACUUCUGCAGGAUGUUCGUCGUCUCCUCACUGACCUCAAGGAACACCUGGUGAGGGACCCAGAGGUCCAGACUGCCUACAGGGCCAGGAUUGCACCACCCACUGGGGUCCAUGAGGAUCUAGAAGCCGUGGUGGAGGCCGCUAUGUGCUGGGUGGUGCUGAGGCCUCUCCAGCCACUCCUGUGGACCAAACUUCAGUUGCUCAGGGCCCGGCACCUUCAGCAGCUUCAGUGGCGUCAGGAGGUGAUGCGGGCCAGGGCGCUCCAGGAAGCCGGCGGCCCAGAAGCUGGGGCGCUGCAGUCCCUGGAAGCUCCUGUCCCCAGCCUGACCAGGCAUCGCAUCCAUGCCCGCCUGGCUCGCCUGCACACCGCCUGGACUCCUCACCGCAAGGUGGCCCUUCUGCUGGCCAUCUGCCGGGACGUCUAUGAGAGCCUGGGCCAGGGCGGGAGCAAGGAACCCCUGGGCGCCGACGACUUCUUGCCGGCGCUGACGGAGGAGCUCCUGUGGAGUCCGCACAUCGAGGCCACCCAGCUGGACGUGGAGUUCCUGAUGGAGAUUCUGGACCCUGCAGAGCUGCUGGGGGAAACCCCUCCACGCAGCUUGAGAAACCUUGGGAAAGUCUGGAAGAGGAAAAAUCGGGAGCUGCUUCCCUUCCUGCCAGUGUGGCUGGUGACCCCUGACAUUGGAGCCAACAAUCUCGACAUCUCCUGCCUGCCAAGCCCAGCCUUCCCUCCCCUUGAUCCCACCAGAAACAAGAAUACGUCUAUACUAACCUUCCCUUCCUCUCCCUCGUGUCUCCUUUGGGCUGACCUGGGGGCCUGUGAGAAGGGACUGGAGCUGCCUGCGCUUCGGGGUUCCUGGGGUGGGGGGAAUAGAGCUCCCUCUUCUCCCUUCUCUCUGUGGCUCGCUCCUCUUUUACUCCUAGAUGGCUCCUCUAUGAGGCCCUUCAUUCCAUCCCCUCUGCUGUCUCCAGACAGAUUCAUUCUCCUCCAUCUGUUAACUUCUUCCUUUCUGCCUCUAUCCUAUCUACGGUUGGAAGGUGCCUCAGAGAUUCUCUUCCAGGCCAUUUCACAAGAGGAAUUCUCUCUUCAAAUCUCUCUGGACAAGUGCCCGCCUGGACUCUGCCUGGAUACCUCUAGGGACAGGGAACUCGCUCCCUCCCUAGACUACCCGUUCCACUUGUUGCUGCCAUCAGGCUUCCAUCUUGUUUCUACACAUCAAUGGCAGACCACAAUGGCCCCUUUUGCUCUCUAGGGCUAAGCAGAAUGAGUCUGAUUCCUUUUCCACAUGAUAGCCCUUCAGAUCCUUGAAGACAGCUACACAAUCUCAUUUCUCACCCAGUUCUUCCCUUUGGCUAUAUCCCCGCCUUCUCCCUUCUCCCAUGCCCCAGGCCCUUCUAUGAUGGCCAUCCCUUAUAUUCGUUAGAGAAAAGAAAGGGGAAAAGAGAGCCUCUGAUUUUUGAUGAAGACCCUUUGGAGGCCAUCAGAGAGAAGAGCUCUCCCAACAAGAGCCUUUCCUUCCCAGAAUUCUAACUGAUCCAUGGAGGUGGUCUUUGAGAUCUAACUGGGAAUGGUGUUGUCCUUUGUCCUCUCGAGGUGCCGGUCGGGAUGCCCGUAUCCUCAGCAUCUUGGUCACCUCUGCCUAGUCAUGGGCUGGGCCGGAGGUCCCAUUCACCUUUUGACUGUGACAUCCCAUGGUUGAGACAUAUCAAACAUCCAGGCCGCAGGAGGCAUCUUUUCAGAUGUCCUUCCUGGCUCUCCCAGGCCAGGCUUCUUAAUCCAAACAUCAUGCUUCUAGGUAAGGAAAAUGGAACCAAGUCAAGGCAUCAGGCCAACUCGUUCUGCCUUUUCUGGUCUAGUUGCUGCUAGGAUCUCCCCCAGACCAGCAGGCCCCUUCCUGCUUAGCUCUUCCCCUUGGCCCUACCAAAGAAUUUUUUUUGUAAAUCUUUUUUGCCCUCUUUAGCAUUCGUUUGUUCAGCCUCAGCUCACACAGCUUACAGAAUCAUGUAGCUCUUUGCCAUUCAUUCUGUUACCUGCCACUGGGCUCCUUUCUUCUCGGCUUCCCUGGACCUGAAAGCUCAUCCCUGUGAAUUCUCUCCAAUGGAGAUCACAGUCGCCCUCCCAUGGAACUCUUGUCCCUGUCCUCUCACAAAAUUCCUCUGCAAGAGACCUAAACAAGUCCUAGAAGCCUUUCUCCUGGUCUUUUUUUUUUAAUCACCUUCCAUCUUAGAAUCAAUGCAUUGGUUCUGAGGCAGAAGAGCAAAAAGGACCCAGCAAUGGGGGUGAAGUGACUUGCCUAGGGUCACAGAGCUAGGACGUAUCUAAGGUCACAUUUGAACCCAGGACCUUUCAUCUCUAGGUCUUGCUCUCAAUCCACUGAGCCACCCAGCUGCCCCCCACCUUUUUUUUUUUAACACUAAAAGGUGUAGGUUUCUCUGUGUUCAUUGGCACAGUAAGUUUUUCCCAUAAGUUUUAAAAUAAUUUUACUGUAACUUUUACCUAAGCAAAUUUAUUUUUUGCAUGAUUUUUUAAAAUGUAUAAAGAUUUUUGUUUGACCAAUUACAUGUAAUAACAAAUUUCCACAUAUGUUUUUUGAAAUUAUAUGCUCCAAACCCUCCCCCUCCCUUCCCUCUCUGCUCCUGGAGCAGAACGGAUAUUAUCAUUUUAUUCAAAAUAAGAGUUUUUAACUCACCAUCUCUGCAAGGGUGCAAUGCCCCAGCAUUAGCUGACGUAGCUCAGUCCUUUGAAGUCUUCUUAAAUUCCAAACCUUCUUGAUUAAUGAGGUAGGCGUUCAGCUGUUCCUCUACUGUCCUCUUGCUCUUUUUGUGAUGAGCCACUUCCUUUCCCAUUCACACACGGCCUUUUUGUCAUCCACCUGUUCAUGUGUCAUUUCAAUCCUUCCAAGAUGGUGUUCUGUGGUUAGUAUCGCAGAAAAAUUGUUGGUGUCAGAAAGAUGGAAUUUUUAUGUCGGGGUUAUGCGGUCCAACACAGCCGGUCCCUGCAGGCUUAUUUUGAGCAAAUCCAUUCGUAUGGCCAUCUUCGACAGACGUUGCUGCUGGACUGAGAACGUCGUCCACGUGCCUUUCACAUGGCUGAGUCAGUUGGGGAGUCCCCUGUGCGUCCACAUUGCUGUCAGUACACAUCCUUUUUCUGUCUCCUUGGAAUCAGUCAUUAUUAUCUCAUUCUGGCAAGCUGUGCGUACCUUCUGGUCUGACUUCUGCAGUAGAUGUUGGGUCAGGAAGGGUCCAGGAACAGUAGGUGGAGGAACAAGAAGAUGUCACCUGCCCUCCAGAGACCAAUAGGACAAGUAUUGCCAGGCACCGCCGAGGCCCAUGAGUUAUGGGGUGGAUGGAUAUUCAAGAAGGAUUUCAAUGAAUCCCAACAGCAUUCCCAGAGUGAUCCAUCCUGAGGCCAUCUCCAGAGGAAUGAUUUCUUUGGGCAAAUCUUUUUUUUGGGGGGGGGGUUGGCAAUGUGUGCUCAAAUAAAAACUUUGUGGGAGCCUGGUUUUAUGAGGGAUUCCCCUAACGUGGAUCCUACUUGUAUACUCUCUCUCACACCUCCA